AUGCCCGCGCCCGUGAAGGGUCCGGCGUUCGCGCCUGGCGACGGCCCCGUCCUUCAGCAAUACAAGGACCUGGCGCGGCCGCACGUGGACUCCUUCGACUGGCUCAUCGACACGGGUCUGCCGCUGUUGGUGCAAUCGGUCGAGCCGAUCGAGAUCACGAACCCUCACACGGAGCUCACGACGCGCGUGUGGUUCGAGAAUCCGUCCGUGCAAAAGCCUACGUUCGAUGGCAGGAGAAAGGAGAACCGAAUGUUCCCGCGCGACUGCCGCGAGGCCGGAACGACCUACCGCGGCGCGCUCAACGUCGACGUCUGCUUCCAGACAGGCCAGGACCCCGUCGAGCGCGUCCAAAAGCGUCUCGGACACAUCCCGAUCAUGGUCGGGUCGCGCCUGUGCCACCUCCGCGCAAUGAGCCGUUCGGAGCUGGUGCGGCGCGGGGAGGAGGCUAACGACUUCGGGGGCUACUUCGUCUGCAACGGCAACGAGCGCGUCAUCCGCAUGCUCAUCCAGCAGAAACGCCACUUCGUGAUGGCGCUCAAGCGCGGCGCGUACCAGAAGCGAGGGCCCCUGUACACGGACAUGGCGACGCUGGUCCGCUGCGUGCGGCCCGACGCGUCCUCGCACACCGUCCGCUGCCACUACCUCAAGGAUGGCUCAGUCAUGUUCGCGUUCGGCAUCAACCGCGCGGAGUACUUCAUCCCCGCGGGCGUCCUCAUGAAGGCGUUCCUCGACGUCACGGACAAGGAGAUUUUCGACGCGAUCGUCUGCGCGGCGCCGGCGGAGUCGGCACACGCCAACUUCCUGGCCGAGCGCGCCAUCAUCCUGCUGCAGACGGCCGGCCGCACGGGCCUCCGGCGGCGCGCGCAGUGCCUCGAGCACCUCGGCGCGCACUUCCGCGUCGCGCUGGACCUCCCCGCGCACCUGUCGGACGCGGCGGCGGGCGCGGAGCUGCUGCGGCGGUGCGUGUUCGUGCACCUGUCGUCCGACCACGACAAGAUCGCGCUGCUCGUGUCGAUGCUGCACAAGCUGUACGCGCUCGCGGACCGGCGGUGCUGCGAGGACAACGCCGACGCGUUGUGCUACCAGGAGGUCCUGACGCCCGGGCAGCUGCUGGCGAAGGCGGUGCGAGAGCGGCUCGAGGAGGCGCUGCUGGGCGCGCGCACGACGGCGAACCGCGAGAUGGGCGUGGGGCCGGGCGCGAAGAAGACGGACGGGCGGAGUUUUGACCUGACGCAGGAGGGGGUCCGCCGGCGGCUCGCGGACCGCAUGCCGGACGUGGGGAAGAAGGUCGAGUACCUCCUGAACACGGGGAACCUCGUCUCGCGGUCCGGGCUCGACCUCCAGCAGGCCACGGGCUUCACGAUCGUCGCAGAGAAAUUGAACUUCUUUCGGUAUUUGUCGCACUUCCGGUCGGUGCACCGCGGCGCGUACUUCGCGGAGAUCCGCACGACGACCGUGCGGAAGCUGCUCCCGGAGUCGUGGGGCUUCAUGUGCCCCGUGCACACGCCCGACGGCGCGCCAUGCGGACUUCUCAUGCACCUCGCCGCGCUCUGCCAGGUCUCGACGGCGGACCUCCCGGACGAGGCGACGGUCCACGCGACGAUCGUCACGUUCCUCUCCGCGCACGGCAUGGUGCCGGCGACCCCGGGGUCCCUCUCGAUGCCGCCCGCGUCGGAGUACACCCCAGUCAUCGUCGACGGGUGCUGCGUCGGCGCCGUCGCCGCGUCGCGCGCCCCGGCGGUCGAGGCCGCCCUGCGCGCGGCCAAGAUCCAGAGCGACGUCACGGGCGUCCCCGCGGACCUCGAGGUCGCGCACAUCCCCUUUGAGCGCGGCGGGAGGUACCCGGGGAUGUUUUUGUUCACCCAGUCUUCCCGGUUCAUCCGCCCGGUCCUGCAGCUCCCGCCCGCGCGGCGCGGCGCCACGCUCUCGCCCGUGCUCCCCGCGGACGGCUCCCCGCCAAUCGAGAUGAUCGGAGGGCUCGAGCAGCAGUGCCUCGCCAUCAAGUGCCCGGACGGACGGGGGGGGGGGUCUUUGUACAUGGAGUUCUCGCACGAGGAGCUCGGCCCGGGAACGAUGCUCUCGGUCGUCGCGAGCCUCACGCCGUUCUCGGACUACAACCAGUCGCCGCGCAACAUGUACCAGUGUCAGAUGGCAAAGCAGACGAUGGGGACGCCCGCGCAGGCCGUGGACCGCCGGCUGGACUCCAAGGUGUACCGGCUAAAUACGCCACAGACGCCGCUCGCGCGCACGCAGCUGUACGACCGCUUCUGCAUGGACGAGUACGCGAACGGCACGAACGCCGUCGUGGCGGUGCUGUCCUACACCGGCUACGACAUGGAGGACGCGAUGAUCCUCAACAAGAGCAGCGUGGAACGCGGCGCCUUCCACGGCACGAUGUACAAGUGCGAGCGCAUCGACCUCGAGGAAAAGGGCCCCAAGGGCUCCCGUGCGUUCCGCCCGGAGCGCGCCCCGCCGGGGAAGGUCCUCGGGGAGAAGCCGGCGUUCCGCGAGAACGCGUUCGGGCAGCGGUAUCCGCUCAACGUCCCCGUCGCGCCGGACUCGGCCGCCGCGCUCGACCUCGGCGCGGCCCCGGACCAGCCACUGCUGCACGCCGACCGGAUCGACGUCGACGGCCUCCCGCACGUCGGGGCGGUCGUGUGGCCGAGCGAGCGGUACUACAGCGUCGCGGACACAACAACGGGGCGCACGACGGGCGGCGCGACGUCGGGCGAGGAGAUCGCCGUCGUGGACCACGUCGCCGUCGUGGGGCCGGAGAGCGGCAGCGGCGGCCGCGGGGCGACGCGGGCCAACAUCCGGCUGCGGUACAACCGCAACCCCGUCAUCGGCGACAAGUUCGCGUCCCGCGCGGGCCAGAAGGGCGUCCUGUCGAUGCUCUGGCCCGACAUUGACAUGCCGUGGAUUGCCAGCUCAGGCAUCCGGCCGGACCUGAUCAUCAACCCGAACGCGUUCCCGUCGCGGAUGACGAUCGGGAUGCUGAUCGAGUCGAUGGCGUCGAAGGCGGCCGCGAUGUCGGGCGGGUUCGUCGACGCGACGCCCUUUCAAACCAGCACCGACGCGGCGUGGGACCCCGUGCGGGAGUUCGGCGACCAGCUCGAGGCGCACGGGUUCCAGCGGUACGGCGAGGAGCAGAUGGUCGGGGGCAUCACGGGGACGGACUUCAAGGUCGAGAUCUUCAUUGGCUGCGUGUACUACCAAAGGCUGAGGCAUAUGGUGUCGGACAAGUUCCAGGUGCGGUCGACGGGGCCGGUGAACCCGCUGACGAUGCAGCCGGUCAAGGGGCGGAAGGCCGGGGGCGGGAUCCGGCUCGGGGAGAUGGAGCGGGACUCGCUGAUUGCGCACGGGGCUGCGUACCUCCUGCACGACAGGCUGCAGCUGUGCUCGGACUGGUACGCGACGGACGUGUGCGCGAAGUGCGGGUCGAUCCUGUCGCCGACGCACGUGCCGACGCUGUCGGCGAUGGUCGGGAACCGCGCGGGCGGCGGGCAGCGGCGCGGGCCGAUUGUAUGUCGCCUGUGCAACGAGGGGGCACACAUCAAGAGGAUAGGCAUUCCGUUCGUGUUCCGGUACCUCGUGAACGAGAUGGCGGCGAUGAACAUCAAGCUCACGCUCAGGGUGACGGACAUGUGA